AAAUGCUAUAAUAGAAGUAUAAAAAAAUUAUAGAACAUAUUCAUAACGUACUAAAUUGUGAAAUUAAAACACGCACACACCAACACUUUUGCGCGCUUGCAAACGAAAUUUAUCACCUUUACUGAAUUAUAUAUUUUGUUGAUAACUUGAUGUAAUGGAUAUUUUGCCAGAAGACGGCUCAGAUCAAGACAUCAAAGAGGUUAAAGAAGGAAAAGAGGUCAAGGUUAAAGAAAUCAAGGAAGUUAAAGAAGACAAUGAGGUCGGCGAAGCUCGAAAACCGGCUCGACGCAAGCACGAACACGACAAAUCGGAAAUGCAUGUGGUUGUCGGAACGACAGCCGUGAGGCCCAAACCAGUUAAAGUCGAGGGUAAGAAGCUGCGCAAGAAACUGCUCGAAUUUGAGCAGGAGAAUCAAACGCUGGCCAAGACCAUAACGGACAAAAACCAGGAAAUUUCCGCACUCAAGCGCUCCGUGGACUCGCUAAACGAAGUGCUCAAUUCGGUGCCAAUCGACGAGCUGCGCUGCAAUUCCUCCAUAGCCGGCUCCAAGAUACUGGAGCUGAGCAAAAAAAAUCGCCAGAUGCGCGCCGAGCUGGAGCAGCUGAAGAAUCGCGUCAGCAAGAAGGAUUUGCAGAUCGAGAAGCUGGAAAAGGAACUAAAGACCAACGAGGAGAAGCUAUCGGUGAACGGCGAAUUGCUCAAAAAGGGCAGCGCCUCCGACGAGCUGCACGCCAAGAUCAACAGCAUGCAGCAGAAGCUCUUCGAGACGCGCAACAAGAACACCGAGCUGCAAAACCAGCUCAAGCUGGCGCACAAGUGUCUGCAGCACGAGGUCGGCGAGACCGUGAAUAUCAAUAUCUUGGCCAACAAUCUGAACCAGGCCAAUUGGCGGGGACGCGCCCAGCAAAUCCUGUCGCUGCAGCAGAAGCUGCAGGAGCUCAAGGCCCGCCUGGACACCUACGAGAAUGGCUACUCCGAUCGAGCUGACUAUAUGCCCAUACCGCUCGGCUCCGAACUGGACCUGGGCAGCACCAGCAAUAGCAUCAAAUUGACGCCGCGCAGUGUCAAGCUAAUGAAUUCACCGGGCAGACACAGUUCGUCCGUCAGCCUGGGUGCCGGGGAUGGUGGCGGCGCCACCUUUGACCGCUUUACGCCGGGUGUGCGCAAGAGCGAGAUCUUGCACAGGGCCAAGGUUGAGACGCUGGAGAAGGAAAUCACAGCACUGCAGGCACAGCUUGACGAGCAGCGCAAUCGCACCCUGGCGCUCAAGGUGCGCAACAAGACCCUCAACGAUGAGAUGCUCAAAUACAAGAUGCGCUCCACCGAACUGGAGGAGCAGUCCGACUGCAGCGGCCUGAAUGUAUCCACCAUGAACGAGAAGCUGAACCGUCAGCGGAACCAAUACGAGAGCCGAUUGGAGGAUCUGCGCAAUGAUGUUAUACGUAUUACCGAGGACCGCGACAUUGCCAAGCGCCAGAUGGAGGAGCUGAGCGGCAUGAAUCUGGAGCUGGAGACCGAGCUGAAGCAGAAAGAUUGCUGCCUGCAGGGCCUGCAGGAUGUGAUCAAGAAGCUAGAGACGGAUUUGCGUGCGUUAACUGGCGGAUUUCUAUUCUCCUGUCGCGAGUUCCGUAAGGAAGAAUUUGUGGGCAUACUGGAUGCCUUGGAGGUGGAGAAGAAUCAGAUGAUGCUAUUGAACAAAACCCUGGACGAGCGACUAGAGGCCGAGCGUGUCAAGAACGACGCAUCCGCCGAUCAAAUUGCCAAGCAGAAGACUCGCAUUUCUCGCAUGGAGGCCAAGAUACGUGAGCUGGAGAAGGAGCUGGACGUGCAGGCUGAUCGCAAGAAGCGCAGCCAGCGCAUAACCGAGUACGCCAAUGCACUGGGACGCACUCCACUGACCGGGUCCAUCAGUUCGUUUAGCUUUGACAAUCAGUCGCAGUGCCCAUCGGUCACCUCGCUCAACUCCUUGGUCGGCGCCGAGCCAAAGAUCGAGGACAUGAAGAACCAAUUGGAGCUGGCCAAUGAGAAGAUCGCCAUGCUCACCGAGAAGCUGGAGUACAUAAGCGCCGAGAAGCGCGCCGACGCCAAGUUCUUUGAGGAGACCAUGCUCAACUCCAAGAACAUCAUACUGGACACCAUACUCGGUUCGCGCGAUGCCGGCCGCACCCAAGCAGAUCCCAAAUCGGAGCCAGUCCGCGAGUUGCCCAACAAUGACAGUGCCUGAUUACAACGAACAAUGUUUUAUGUCUGUUUUGUUACCCAGUUUUGUUAUAUAUCCAUGUGACGGAAAAAUCAAAUCAAAUGA